AUGUGUGGCUAUCUUUCUCCCCCAGAAAGCAACGAUGCAAGCAUCUACGACCCGCCCAAACGCGUGACGGCAAUAGCUUCCGACUCGCCAAGAGUCGUAGCCUCCAAAUUGGAGCAAACGACAUUCAACGACAUCGCCGCAGUCAAUUCCCGAACCUUUGGCCCGGAGUCAGUUUUGUUCGUCAACAAAGCGGAUUACUUUGAAGCACAAACCAGUGCAGCAUUAUCCGAUACUCCCGUCUCAUGUCAGGGAUUCGUGGAUGCUCUCAAAAGGGCUUGUGCGCUGUUUCCCGAAUUCAAAGUCCGAGCGCUGGAUUUCACGACGACUGUUGAUUUGGAGUUGGGUAAAGCGGAGGUGUUUGCGAAUGUCGAGACGACGGGACGGCAUGAAGGGGUUGCGCAGAGGAAUGUGUCGAUUUGUGAAUAUCAUUUGAUUGGGGGAGUUUGGAUGCAUGUUAAGCAUAUGACCAUGACGGGCAUGGAUCCCAUGAGCGGGAUGGGUGGGAUGUGA